AUGCAGCCGCAGCCAAAUGGGAGGAGUGAUGAGACCUCGCGGCGGGACUCGACUCUGGCGGCGCUCUUUCUGCUCUCAGCGCUGAAGGGUGCGGUCCCUUGGCGCCAGAAGGGAGUGGUUUCCCCGAGGCUCUGGGCGGGGGGGGUGGCACGGUGA